AUGGAAGAGUUGAGGAAGCUGGAAGAGGUACAGAGAAUGCUGACGUUCGUACAAUCUCGAGGCAUUCCAACGACGUCGUCCCCUGACGACUGUAGUUGCUUUCUUACUAAGCUCAUCCUCCUCCUGGUACAACCAUGUGGAGAACUUGACUUGGGCAAAAAGUGCAGUUUGGUUUCUGAAUAUAUGCCAAAGAUUUCUGCAGCAUUUCUUGAUGAAGCAUCCAAAUGGCUUAAUGGAGAAGGCUAUGAAGAAAAGUCUGUUGAAAAUGCUUUGCAGCUUGCCUGUAGCCAUAAGCCUGAGUCUAGCUCAUUGGACAAUAAUUCUGAAGAAAUGGCUAUGGUGGACUGGACGCAAUGCAACGAGCAAAUUCUACCCUUGAAGAUUUUAUCUUAUUUUAUGUUUCAUGGGAUGGAUAUAAACAAACCACAAUCAGUAUUCCAAUAUCUACCUGUGCUUUCAUUCACAGAAAGCUACAUUUAUCAGCUUGAUCGUUUGAAUGAGAAGACAUUGCAUGCACCAAGCGACGAAAUGAACAUGUUAGAAAGAGGAAGCCAGGCGGAAGGUCAGUGGCUAAUUUCUAGGUGUACAAACGUGUUUAAAAGUGACCCAUUCAGACCACUGUCAUGUCUACUUGAGUGUCAUGGCCUUUUGACAAAAAGGAUACAAGAUGAGUUUAAGUCUGGAGAAGGAUAUUGGGCGCUGGAAAGAAAGCUUUGUUAUGCACUGAUAAAUAAAACGGAGAUCCCUGUUGAAGAUGUUAUAAAGGCAAUUAAUCAGAAGUCCUUCGAUUAUCGAGUGCUGAAUCUUUUACUGUACCAGUUGAGAGGAGAAGAGGUUAAUGAGUUGCAUAUGGAGUUUCUAUCAAUCUCAGAAUUCCUAGUUGAGGUAGCUGAUGAUCUGUUUGACUAUGAGGAAGAUGUUAUAGAAAAUAACUUCAAUAUAUUGCGCAUGUUUGUCAGAACAUAUGGAGCGUGUGCCCCAACUGUGCUGGCAAAAUACAUAGCUGAAGCUGAAGAGAAGUAUAACAAUGUACUGAAAAUGCUGGAUCCUCAGCUGUCCUUGAAUUACCAGAGAAGAUGCGUAGAAGCAACUAAGGAAGGAGGGAAUAUGUCUGCGCAUCCUCUUGGAACAUGGAGUAUACCACCUCUAAUACUAGAUGAGGAAUUUUAUCGAUCCAGUCUGUUAGAUUCGAAGACGCAGUUGUAA